CUGAGCCGAGAAGAGCUGUGUAGAGCUGCGUGCGCUGGCCCAGCUGCGUGAAAAAAUAUUUUGAGCAGAGAGCGCCUGCCAUAUAUGAAGCUUCCUAGUUCUGAUUCAAGCAAACUGCCCCUCUCCUGUUUCUGACAAGAUGGAGGCAGAAGAUUUGAAUGCUUGUGGUACUGCAGCUAUUGUUACUGAACCACAGUUGACGCAGCUAUUCAGGAAAUAUUUAGAGAGAGAGGGCAUCCUAGACAGCCGUUUCUGCGUGCAGAAGCUUCCAGACGGUGUCAUGGCAUUGCCUGUGCUACGCCAAAGCCUCUUGGAGCAUCACCUGCAGCACUUGAAGGGAAGCAUCGCACCUGGGAGGACUUGCGCUUUGAUGUGGAUCCAGAAUCCUGUUCCCUCAAAAUCAGCUCGGGUCCGCUCACCCAUCCAGAAACUGCGUGAUGAACUGGAGUCUCUGGCAUCGGGCCAUGGGGCUGCAUGGUCUGAAGAACUGGAAAAAGAUUUGCCUCGCUCCUGGCAGCGGCACGGGGACCUUGUUCUGCUGAGCGAGGACAGCUUCAGAGCGGCACGAUGGGGAGAGAUGGGACAAGAGCUCUGGGAGACAGUUGCUAGCGCUCUGGGGGCCAAACGCUUAGCGAGGCGUGGUCGUGUCCUAUCGAAUUCCUUUCGAUCCCCAACAGUCACACUAUUGCUGGGGGAGGACGGCUGGGUCGAACAGGUAGAGAACGGAAUCCGGUGUAGGUUCGAUGUGACGCGGUGCAUGUUGUCUCCUGGAAACAUCACCGAGAAGCUGCGGAUAGCAUCUCUGCGUUGCGCUGGGGAAGUGGUGGUGGAUCUCUAUGCUGGGAUCGGCUAUUUCACUCUGCCUUACCUGGUUCAUGCCGGCGCUGCCUUUGUCCACGCCUGCGAGUGGAACCCUCAUGCUGUGGAAGCCUUGCACCAGAACUUGCAACUGAAUGGCGUGCAGCAUCGGUGCCGCAUUCACCAGGGAGAUAACGAGAAGCUGGAACUGCAAGACGUGGCCAACAGAGUGAAUCUGGGAUUGAUCCCGACAUCAGAGGAAGGCUGGCCUGUUGCCUGCCGGGUCUUGAGAAAGGACGUGGGAGGGAUCCUUCAUAUACAUCAGAACAUCGAGUCCUUUCCGGGGAAGGCCCUUCAGCCAGGACAGGAUCAACAGUUUCCAUCACCAUUGGUCUCAAAGGGAAAGCAGGACAAUGGAGUCCCUGGGGGUAACGAUACGGUAUCGGAUGCUGGAAGGAGGGCCCUUGGUCCUGUAACCCGGAGUGCAUGGCAGGAGUGGGCCAAGGCUGCAGGGACCAAGAUCAGGAUGUUGCUUGAGGACUUGGAUGGGAAGCCAUGGAGGACAAACAUCUUGCACAUUGAGCUUCUGAAAUCCUACGCUCCCCACGUGCAUCAUAUAGUGUUAGAUCUAGACUGCCGGCCCUUUUCAUAGCAUCCUGGAAGUGCUUCUUCUGCAGGGGCAGCCCUAGAAUAUCCUCUUCUCUUCAUGGCAACAAGCAAGCAAAGUCUUGGUGGAAACGAGGCUGGGAGCAGGUGUUGGGUCAUUAACUAGCUGGUAUGGUUUGAGCUGGGCCAGCCUGGCACCACCUUUGGUACUGCCAAAGGAAGAUGUCCGUUGUGAUCUUGGCCUUCUGAGCAUACUUACCGUCUAACUGGAACAGGAAUUAAUCAGCAAAUUAAUUUUGUUGACUGCAUGCAGCAAGAGGCGGGCAAUUAGAAAUGUCUUCUGAACAACGGGAGAGGCUUCUGUCGUUUUACAUUUAUCCUUGUGUUCUGAAGAGGAAAGGUUUUGUGUCCUCUCGGUUUUUUUUUUUUACUGUCUUUUUAAUGGGGCAGGUAAUAGGUCUGGUUCACUUGGAGAACAUUCUGCAAAAAGGGCCAGGUUGGCUCCUACGCUUGCGGUGAACCACAAUCGUAGAAGCAGAGAGUUGGAAAGGGGGCGUGUCAGCCCACCCCGUGCUCCUUGCAGGAAAUCAGGUCCAGAGCAUUCCCAGCAGAUGACGGUACAGGCCUCCCCUUGAAAACCCUCGGAGAGGGCGAGUCCCUUGCUCCCUCCCUGACAAUUGAUCCCAUUGUCAAGCUCCUCUUUCCAGCAGGAUGUUUCUUUUAAUGCUAAUUCCAGAACGCGAGCCCUGUUCAUCUGUCGUAGCCCAAUGAAACAGUCCAGUGGCACCUUUUGCCCUGACCUGGAUGGCCCAGGCUAGUUUGAGCUUAUCAGAAGCUAAGCAGGGUCGGCCCUGAUUAGUACUUGGAUGGGAGACCACCAAGGAAGUCCAAGGUGUCUGUGCAGAGGCAGGCGAUGGCUAACCACUUCAGAACGUUUCUUGUCUUGAAAACCUUUCAGGGCUGACGGCACUUUUCGCCACCCGUCACACCUUUUAAUGCCAUCAGUAUCCCACUCGUCUCAGAGCCAA